GGCUGCUCCCAGACCUGAUGCAAAACUCUUCACAAGGAGUGAACAGGCGGUACAAAAAUAGCCUGGGGCCUGGUCCCUGAGAUGCAUGGGGAAUGCAGACCCACGGACACAUCUCAGAAUCACAGAAUGGUAGGGGUUGGAAGGGACCUCUGGAGAUCAUCUAGUCCAGCCCCCCUGCCACAGCAGGGUCACCUAGAGCAGGCCGCACAGGAACACGUCCAGGCGGGUUUUGAAUGUCUCCAGAGACAUUCAAACUCCAUAAACCCCACCAGCUCUCUGGGCAGCCUGUGCCGGUGCCCUGCCACCCUCAAAGUAAAGAAGUUCCUCCUCAUGUUUAGGUGGAACUUCCUGUGCUCAAGUUUGUGCCUGUCACCCCUUGUCCUCUUGCUGGGCACCACUGAAAAGAUCCUGUCCCCAUCCUCCUGCCACCCACCCUUUAAGUAUUUAUAAGCAUUGAUAAGAUCCCCCCUCAGUUGUCUUUUUUCCAGAUUAAAAAGACCCAAAUCCCUCAGCCUUUCCUCAUAAGAGAGGUGUUCCAGUCCCCUAAUCAUCUUGGUAGCCAUCUGCUGCUACAUUUCUUCAGGUAACUCUUACAACUCUGGUGUCUAGUGGCUCGUGUUAAAACUUUGAGGAGAAAUGGGACAGCCUCUAAAACUGCCAUUUGGAUUGCUCCAGUUAUUUAUUGCAAAUGCCUUACUAGUAGAUAACCCUAGCUUCCAGAGUUUCCCAUGCUCAAAAGGACAGCUAAAAGUGGAGGCUGACCCGGGGAUUUUGAAAAUACGGCAUAACCAGCAGCUGUCACUUCAGAAGAGGUGUUGGCUCCUGAGUUAUGUUGCUGUGUGAUUGGCAAGUAUUCAGCAUAAAGGUUCCUGGCCUCCUGAGGUGACAGCCAGCCCUGUGUAGGGUGCAAGGACUCACACCUGCAGAAACCAUGCCUCCCCCUGAGAGCUGAGUGACAGAGGAGCGUGGCUUUGAGGAGGGGCCUUGGUGGUGAGGUGGAAACCUCGAGUACCUUGUAGUGGAUGGUGCUGCUGCAUGAAGGCUGUGACUGUUAAAAGUGUGGGUUUAGAUUUUAAAUAAUGUAGCCUUGCUUUUACUAGUCUUUACUGUUACCUUAUCCUUUUACAAGAAGUGAGAGAGUUGCCACAGCUGCAUGCAACUGCUUACUCUUCUUGCUGUCCCUUCUAGUCCAAAGACGCCAGGUGUUACAGAGAACAGACUUUUGAGGCAGGGUCUUCUCUACCCUUUAAAACGUGCUUCCAGUGCAAAGAAGAGCCAUAUCUUGCUGAGUUAUCGACAUAUCGAUUAUGUUUUAAAAAGUUGUGGUGACGACUGAUGCACUGAUUGAUACCAGCUUCUUUAUCAUCUGCACCUUUUCCUCCUUCAGAUUGUGUUAACGUGUAUUUUCAUUGUGUUGGACUUGUCUGAUUUUAAGUUGGUGCUUUGCAUAGCUCAAGGCUUGUAGCUUGUGUUUGAUGUGUAAUAGCAGACAACUUAAGGUUGUGGUUUGUUCUUCAUGUCAGAAAGCAGUUUGCUUCCCUAGUUUUAACUGUGUCACAUGCUCUUCAGGGGAGUGUACAACCAAGCAGUUUGUUUUCACUGAGCUCUUUCAGAGGGGGAAGAGGCUAUGUCUGUCUGCCAGAAAAAUCUGCUGCCUGUUAAGAUCUCAGGAGCAUCAGCAAAAAGAAAUUAAUCAACUGUACGGCUGAAAACAGGGGCUAUUUGGGAUGGACAGUCCUAAACUGAGGUAGUUCUCACUUCUUUGCAACUAUAUCCAGGGCCCUUGUGAGGACAGAGCCGGAGGGGAGCUCCAGGUACAUCUCUGCAGUUCCCUGGUGUGCAGGAGCCACCCCAUAAGCAGCCACCGGGACCAGCGUCCACGUUGGACGGGCUGCGUGGGCUGACGUCUCUCUACUCAUCCCCAGGACAGCGAGUAUCAGAAGACCGGAGCCCCCUGGCCCUGCUGCUGCUCAUCUCCCAUGCUCCUGUGGCUGGAGGGCUCUUCUCCAGGCUGACAACCGGGUGACUGUCCUCCAGCCUCAGCAUUCAUUGGGAUGAAUCCGAGCGUGAGUGGUGCUGUUCCCCAGCUGGAAGGCUGAGGCUCAUGGAAUGGUGACGCACCUAUUGGAUGGUGUUUUGGCAGCCACCGCCGUCAAGGCUGAGAAUAGAUAUCAGAGGAGGAUUUAGAUUUCUGUGUGCACGGUGAACCCUGGCUGCCUUUCCUCCUCCUCUCGGCAGGUACUGAGAAGCAUGCUUAGAUAUGGGUGUGAACAGCCUGUGAUCUAAAUAGCCCAGAAGGAAAGUCCUGUUGCAACACAUACGACAUCUCCAAAUCAGCUGUUGCACGAAGACAUUUCCUUGUCUGUGCUGGUUCCUUUUGCUAAAGAUGGCUCAGACGUGGGCAGUUCUGGCUGCGCUCCCUUUCUUGCUAAUCAGUCUGGUUGAAGGGUCAGUUCACAACAUGGUGAGUGUGGAGGCCGGUCAUGAGGCUGUGUUGAGUUGCCCUUACGCCUCCAAGUUGUCUUUGCUAAUGGUGACCUGGAAGAUGAAAUGCAGCGGUUGCUGCUUGUUGGCCUAUAGAAGUGAUCACAAUGAGACAAGGAUGUUAAACUGCAGUGAGAGGAUGACGUGGAAAUACUCACCUGACAGUAACCCCGCUCUUCGUAUUUACCCUGUGAACCUUAGUGAUGAGGGAAAUUACAGCUGUGAAAUUGUCAGCAGUGCAGGGAAUUUUCUUCUUUUCUCUUCUCUCACUGUGAUAGUCCCUCCUGCAGUGACUCUGACCUAUGGCAAGAGUGGAGCGGUUGUCUGUCAGGCAUCUGCUGGAAAGCCAGCUGCUGACAUCUCCUGGAUCCCUGAAAGCAAUCACAGCACCGAGGAAGAAGUCCAUCACCCCAAUGGAACAGUGACUAGAGUGAGCUACAUAGGCUGGGUCAACAGCAUGCUUCCCACCGUCACCUGCCUGGUUACGCACCCAGCUAUAAACCAGACUCUGUCCCUAGACCUGUCACACUCUUCCCCCAGCCUUCCCUAUCUCCUGAUAGGAGGAUCUGCGAGUGUUGCUGCUGUCAUUGGUGUGACUUUAUGCUUGAUUUUCACGUGCAGAGCUUUCAGGUUACGUAAAUUAGCACAUGGGUCGGCAGUACCAUUUGCAACUAAGAACUUCAGGUCCACACCGUCACGUAAGAAAAGAGAAGUCAUCAAGCCUCCUGUCUUAUCAGAGUGUAUCUAUCAGAACUACAAUCCAAGAAUGAUAUAUAUGAACUAUUAACAGUGUAGGCACAAGCAGUUUAAUACCAGCUUAGCUACUAAUGACACUCAGUUACUUGAACUUGUACUUCAACUAACAAAUCUCAGACCUUGCCGUACAGCAGGCCAACAGAACACUCAAAACUGCCCCACAAAAGCCUUUGUCUUUCCUGACUGAAGACAGUGGGGGAAAGCAACCUGUUUUAGUAAAUUAUUUCUCUCUUUCUCUAAAGAUCAGCUCUUGAAGCAUUUGAAAUUUUUAAAGACCGAGCUGGGGAAAUACAUAUCUGAAUUCUGUUUGAAAAUGGACUCUGAAGUAUGUGCUGUUUUCCCUCAAAUCAAUAAUUGACAUAUUUCUUUGCCACAGUAACAGACUGUUGGUGAAUAUGUAGAACUUCUUCCCAUUUUCACAACUGCAUUAUCUUUGCGAUUUUGUGGUGGAAACCAGGAAGUGACACAGGGGACCCCAAAACACAGAAGUUUAAAGAAAUGCAUCCAGCAGAAAUGCAGAAAUAAAAGAGGGUUUUCUUUCUGAGUAGAUAAUUACAUGUGGCAGAUGACAAUGUGGUAUUUGUCACUUUGUUUACUUUUUAUUUUUUUAAUGUAUUUCUUUUUCAGUUAAACUUUCAGUUUGCAUUGAUAAUGGAAGAAAAAAAAAAGCCAAAUUGAAAUUUUACUUGAUAUGGAAAUGAGAAAUAGCAAUGGGCAAUUUUCUAAGAUUCAUUUUAAAGUAAAUGUGCAAAUACGCAAAUAUUUACCUAAAUGAUUCCUGGGGCUAUAUGGGUAAAUGUUUAUUGACUAGUUUCUUAGAAGCUGAGAUCACAGCAUGGUUUUACUGAGAACAGAAGUGUUAAGUUGUGAAAAAUGCAGGUGGUGUGCUUGUUUAAAACAAAAAAACCCAACCCUAACCAAAUAAUUUAUUUCUUCUCAUGCUCAUCCCCCCAAGAUGAACACCCCUCCGACACCCUCCCACCCCAAUUGGUUGUUAAUUGCAGUUUUCAUUCGUCAGAUUUGUCAAACCUUCCAAACACUAAUGCAGCAGUAAGUAUACUCAAAUGUGUGUUUCGAAUGCCCCUUGCCUGCUCCUUGCUGGAGGAAGUCAUCUCUGCGCCUGCAGCGUUCUUAGGCGUGAGGAUCUCCCAAGUGCCUUCUGAUUGCACUUCACUCUAUCACUUCUAAAUAGACAUGGGCGGUGGGCAUCUACUGACAUCACUCCAGCCUUUCAUUUUCAUCAGGAAGGCGUAAAGAGCGACUCUCUGCCUUAAUGAAAAGUACCUACAGAAGGCAGUCCAUUCGCGCCUGCCGGGUAACUGAGCAGAGCCUUUCUUGUGGUGUUCCAUGUCAGUGAUGGGUCACUAUCUCAGAGCUGUGUGCUUCAUGUCCUCCGUGGGGAAGAAGACGCACCAUUCCACGCAUACAGCCUCUGAGAGAAAUAAGUAGCAGAUAGCUCAGAAUUAGCGAAAGCAGGUUUUCAGUGAUUCUGGCUAGGAAAAAGUGUUUUGUAGCUCUAGUGAAAUCCACAGCAGUGCCUUGGUCUAAGAAGUGGUUUCCCAGUUCUGCUGGCCCACAGCUGGCAGUGGUGGGCAUGACCCAGCAUCCUUUUUUUGUUCUCCCUGUCAACUGGGACCUUUCACAGUCACAGUGCUGUCGAGGAGUCGGUUGUGACUGGAAGCCUCUGAAAUAGGGGAAUCUCUUUGUUUCUUAGGGAACUGCCCAGUUGGGUCUAUACCUGGGCUCCUAGCCUGGUGUCGCUCAUUGUGACAAGUGAGCAUGGAUCAUUCCUGUGGACAACUACAGCAAUUUGGGUCUGUCUUACUCAGAAGCUGGACCAUUGCAGCCAGACCGAAGGAUGACAUGGCUGUCAAAAUGAAGGGAGUUAGGCUGUGGAGCAGUCUGCUUUUGGCAGUCAUGGUGCACUGUGUUGUGAUUUUUAGGGUGCAAAGCAAGAACUUCUCAUAAUUCCUUUGCACCAAGUGAAAUGUUGAAGAGUAAGAUCAAAUGUAGACAGGCAGGGAAGAUGAUAGUGUGGCAGGUAGGACCCUCUGCAGAAAAAUCACUGUGAUAAUUAGACGUGGCUGAAAAGCCUGGCUUCUGUGCUCGUGAUUUUAUUUUCCCCUUUAAUUUGUAGUUGGUGGAAUUGGUCCAGAUGCCUGCAAUGUGUCAGCAUUUCCUAGAAAUUCUGAGGAGCUUUUGUUUGAUGUGCUGAAACAAGGUGCUCUGGCAAUGAGAUAGGUCCCUUUGUGCUGCAGGUACUCAGGUCCCUCCUGGCAGUUCCACAGCUCUUAACAGCCACGUUGGACCAUGAUUUGCCUGAUUUCUUAUUUCAAGAGCAAGUCCUGCUGCAACCUCUCAGAAAAUGAGCUGAAAGCGUUGUAGCCUAGUCAGGCUUUGAUCAUCACCUGUUUACUGCCAACAAAAAGCUCGAGUUAUCAACCCAUAGCUCAGGCAAACCCACAUGUUGCAGGCACUGAAAGCCCUCAGCUGCCUAAUUGUUGUAUCUCCCUCCUGCAAUAAAAUUGGCCCUUAUGCUUUUCAAGCUCGUUGUAUACGAUUAAUAAAACUUACUAGGCCAAAGAGAAUAAUGUGGCUGGUGGGGGGUGCUUGUAAGAAAGGCUGGGACAUGAAUAAUGCUUCUAGGCAGAACAUAAUAAUUGAACAAGCUCAGUUAAUUUUCUGCUCAUCUUUUGUAUGCGUUAUAAUACUGGCACAAGUGGUAGGUAGUUUCAGAUACAAAGUCUGCUGCUUUUUCAGCUAUCUCUAAUUCACUGGAGCUUUGGACCACAGGAGUAUGUAUUACAUCCAAGCUGCCGACAGGUGAUAACUAUUCUAGUGGGCCUGUCAGCUCUGCUAACAGCACCGCCUUUGAAAGGAGGAAGAUGAGAUGAGGCAAGCAGAGGGCCCGUGCCUAGGCUGGGAAAGGCAGCUGGUGCUUGGGAUGAGACACAGAGAUCUGCGAGUUGAAUGACUCUGUAUGGAAGCAGAGAGAGGAAAAUGGGAGAGACUGGAAAAAAGGGGGUUGACAGAGGAGAAUGAUAAGACUGAGAGAGCGAGGAUGAUGUUGGGUUGAUGCAGCUUAAUACUUAAUAGUGUGAUGAAUUACUUUUUCCAUUCUCACUGCCUGUCACUGGGUACCUUAACUGCUGAUCGUGAGUGGUGAGGGAUGGGCUUUUGUCUUAUAGGAGGCUCUCUGCACUCUUAUUUCAUGGUGGGUGGGAAACUAGGCAUGGGCUUUGAUGGUUCCCCCUCUGCCUGCCAUCACCAAAGAGCGGUGCGCAUCGUGCCUCUUGGUCUUAUGAGCUGCACACCAAAGGCCUAAAAGCCAUGGGACGCACACCUCAGGGGAGCGAGGGGAAGGAGGGAAGGGCCUGCCACUGCUGCAGUGGCUCAUCGGCGGUUUAUCUCCUCCUCGGUCAGAAAGGCUUGAGCUGGGCUUGCAGCCAGCUCCACCCCUGCCAACUCCCUCCCUCCCAGAAGCAGGGACCAGUGUGCAGCAGUGCCCGGCCGCUGGGCCAGUGUGGCAGGGUGGGUGCGAGAGCCCUCCCCACGCUUGCCCAAGAGCUGCCACGGGGGCUGGUAGCUGCUAGCUCCUGCCCGAGCUGUGUUCUCCUGGGCUGCCUGAUGUGAGAAACUGCCCGUUUCCCGCCUGGAUUUAAUUUCGCACUUCAUCUGUUUGAGUGUUUUGAGAACGAGAAGGAAAACACUUAAAUAUUUUCUGUCAUGCUGAUUUUGUAAUGGGAUAGGCAUCUUGGUGUAAUCCAAAGAAUAACCCAAAUUGUGUAUUUUGUCUCUUGUAGGAAUUCGGUCUGGAAAAUAACCAACUUGAGAAUGUUUUUAUGACUAUAUUUACCAUGCUUUCUUCCUGAAUUGCAAGAACAAUUUUGAUGAUCUUAUACUGAUUUUAUUUGCACCGAAAGCAAACUUAAGCAAGGCAAAUGUUUUAGCUUGCAAACUUCCACAUACUCUUCUGUGGCCUUGUCAAAAUGGCUAGGAGAAUCCUGACUGUUGAUUGAAUAAUCAUUGUGAGAGAGACACUGAAGGGUGAUGGGUACUGGAGUAAGCUAU